AGCUGGCCCGCUGACGUACCGUACGUCAAUGCGGUAGUAGCGAGCGGCGGAUCGCGGGUUAGAGAGGUCCGAGGUGCAGAGCCGCCCCCCCCCCCCCUCUCUCUCUCUCGAAAGCGACGCCGUGUUAAGUCUCGAAAGGGUCCCGGGGAGAGGAGGCCGCCGGACGACCAUGGGGAACGCGGAGGGCGGCUGCGGAGCCGGCAGCGGCGGCGACGACGACGACGUCGACGCGGAAAGCCCCGGUUUCGCGGAAGACAGCCCGGCCUCUGCGGCGGCCACUGGCUUCGGCGCUGGAAGCGGCGGAGGCUCCGGCUCCGCCAGGAGCGGAAGGGGCUCGGGUAACCCGGCGGGCCUCACCAGGGGACCUCCCUCCCCCGGCGUCCUUCUAGAGCAAGUGAAACUGCGGGAGACGGCGGCUCGCAUCAGUGACUCGGGGGUCGCCAUUCCGCGGUCCGUACUCGCCGGCAACGAGGGCGUCCUGGUUCGCUGGCUGGAGGACCGGCUGAGUCGCGGAGAGGAGUCGGUGAACGUGGAGCAGUUCUGCGAGAUGCUGGAAAGCAGGGACGCUCGGAGGGACGAGUGUGAAGAGGCCUUUGGUCAGUUCGAUGCUGAGGGGGAUGGCGUAGUGGAUGUUGAGAGCAUGCUGGUAGCUCUGAAAAACUCCAAUGGGGCAAAUCUACAGGGAGAGCUGAGUCAUGUGAUCCGACAACUCCAGGCGUGCUCCCUAACCCCAGGUUUUGUUGAUAUAUUCUCCAAGUCCAAAGAUCGAUUGGGAGCACAUGCUUCCAAGAUCCUGAAAUUCCUGCACAGGAACCGUAUUCCCAGCAGUGCCAUCCCUUUCCCUCUCUUAGAGGGGUAUAAUAGUAUCUGCACCAUGAGGUCCACAGUGGUUCAGGAUUACCUGGAAUUCCUCAUGCAGAAGGAGAAAGAUUUAGACAUUCAGUACAGAACAGAGUUGAAUCAUGACCCUGAGGUAGACAAAGUCAAGGUGGUCACGCAGUGCUACUCCUCCAUAGAAGCUUCAUCCAAUGUUACUGACAUCUACAAGAUGACCAACGGAGAAACCGGUUCCUUUUGGCAAUCGGACGGCAGCGCACGCUCACAUUGGAUAAGGUUAAAAAUGAAACCAGAUGUGGUAUUGCGGCGCCUGGCCAUCGCCGUGGCCUCCAACGACCACAGCUACAUGCCUCAGCUGGUGUCUGUUGCUGUCGGGAAGAAUCAGCGCUGUUUGCAGGAAAUGAGAGACAUCCGCAUCCCCAGCAAUGUCACGGGUUACGUCGUCCUCUUGGAGAAUGCCAACAUCACACACCCUUACAUCCAGAUCAACAUCAAGCGGUGCCUAAGCGACGGAUGUGAUACGCGGAUUCAUGGCCUGAAGACCCUGGGUUAUCAGAUCACCAAGAGUAAGGAGGUGUCCGUGUCUGAAGCCUCGGCCAUCUGGUACCUGUCUCUCCUCACUUCCCUGGUCACGGCCUCCAUGGAAACCAAUCCCGUUCUGGGCCAGACGGUCCUUCAGAGCACACAGAAAGCCUUAAGGCACAUACCACCGUUGUCGCUAACUCCUUUAUCCACCGAAUACCCCAAGUUUUUCUCCGUGAACAUCCUGGAAGAGGUGGACGGCUUUCUCCUCAGGAUAGCAGACUGCUGCGUGAGUCCUGACGCUGAGCUGACCCUGCUGGCUUUUGCCUUGGCCAGGGGCAGGGUGGCCAAGGUGCUGCAGGCCUUGUCGGGGAUCAGCGACCACCUAGAGAGAGAAUACAGAGCCAUCUCCCUCAUCUCUUCCAUGGCUUCUGUCAGGCUCCGUCUGCUGUAUCGCAACGGAAAGUCCCUCCAGCUGCAUUUACUGGCUUGUGAUGUGAAAAGCAAAGAAGAGAAGUCCGGACCAGAGAACAUGCUGACGGAGUCCUCCACCGGGGACGGGUUCCUCACGGAGAGCGGCAGGAAGAAGGCCAGCGUCAUUCUCUCGACAGAGGAUCAGAGCAACUUCCAGGUCACGCAGAUGAAAAUCAAAGUGCGGAAAGGAGCCAUUGGUGCAAAGUUUGGCUUGGUGUUCGCGUACAAAGAGGGAGACCGUUUCGACGCCGAAAAACAUUUUAAGCGGUUCAAAAAAUACGACUCGUGGGACUUCAAGGACUACAAAGUGUUUGCGCAAGACAAUGAGAGGAGCCUGGCACCAUCCGAAGACGAGCCCAUUGGCUGGUUCGAGCUCGAAGAGGACUGGAAUGAUGUGGAGAUCAAGCUGCAACAAUGUCGUGUCGUAAAGUUCCUGAUGGUGAAGUUCCUGGGCACCAGGCAGGAGUCUGCUGAGCGCCUGGGGGUGCAGUCCCUUAGCUUCAGUGGUUACCUGUGCCCAGGGGCAGAUCGGUUGGGCGACCUUGACGGUCUCAACCCCCAGGCAGAGGGCUCCGAGGGCGAUGUUGUCACUGGCCUGACCCUGCUGAACAAGACACUGUUUUUCAUCCAGCACACACGAGACAUGGACGUGUCCCACUUCAAGCAGAAGUACCUCUUGGACUUCAGCGGCCUCAGCCUGACCCUGUUCUGGAACUUCUACAAUAAACUUCGGGCUAUUGAGGGAGAGGAGGUGAUGAAGAGCAGAGUGUUGUUGCUCCAGCUGCUGCAGAACUGUUUCCCCACGCUGCCCAACCCGCUGGAAUCCCGGAGCGCGGAGGAGAGCCAAGGCGCAGAGGUGGGGGCAGCAGCGGAUCAUCCAUCUACGUCUUGCGGCCUCGGGCCUCAGCCUGACCCUGCUGGAGCCGUCUGGGAGCUCUACGCCCACCUUUGCCAAAUCGUGGAUGGCCCCGAGGGAGAGGCGCUGGUGGAGAAGGCCCUGCAGAAAGAGGCGGUCAAGGCCAUUCUGAAUGGAGCGGCUGUCUUCUUCCCUGAUAAACACAGCAGGAGAGAUAAACUCUUCUACAUGAUGAAAAAUAUCACAGAGGAAGACCAACCGGAGUCGGUGAAGGUGACCUUUGAGUCUCUUUGUAAUUACUUCAGUGACCAGGAUCCUAGUGGCCUUCUUUUGCUCCCACCUAAAGGUGCUCCCCCAGACUUUGAUAUCAGCCCGAUACUGUCCGUCAUGGAGACACUGCUGCUGGUGGCGACUCGAGAGUGUGAGGUAAUGAUGGUGGACGCGAGUGGCGGGGCCAGUCGGGCAGUGCUGCUGUGUCUGUUCUGGGCUCUGCAGGGCAGUCUACUCUCCUGGUCCUACCUGCAGCUCAAAGGAGGGGCGUCGACCAACGCCGCAGAGCUGGCCAGGGACAUCCUGUUAAAGUAUGUGGAUCAGUUUUUGAGCAGUACAAAAGCAGUGCUGGGAUCCCUCCUGGAGAGGUACGGUGGAGCUGAGAUCGCCGACAAACUGAGCAGCUCCAUUCUGGCGACAGUCACCAGACAAAUGAUAAUAUUCCUACUGGAGCUUUGUCCCUUGGAUAUCCCUCACAGUGUGCUGCUCAAGAGCGUCUCUUCUCUGGUGGAGCUGCUCAAAAAUCUGUCCAGUGAUACCGGAGAUAUAUUUUCGAAGGUGGACCAGGAGAGCUGCCAGCAGCCCCAGCAGCCAGUGAUCCUGAGAACCUGGAACAUGGAAUCCCCCCACAACUAUCAGAACAGUCGCCACGAGACUACAAUCUUCGCCUGCCCUGGGGCCACCUCCUUCGAGGUGGAGUUUGAUGAACGCUGUGAAACAGAAAAGAGAUACGACUACCUGGAGUUCACUGACACCAGAGGUGGCAAGGUACGCUACGACAUGAAGGUUGGAACGGAGAAGUGGCCAAAGAAGGUAACGUUCGAUGCGGGUCCUCAGCUCCAGUUCCUCUUCCACUCUGACAGCAGUAACAAUGAGUGGGGUUAUAAAUUCACUGUAUUAGCCCAAGGCUUGCCUGACAUCACUGUCUCCUGGGUGUCAGACCUGCAGCUGCUGGUGGCUCGCCUCAUGGGCCGUCUCGCCUCCAGAACCAUGGCCCUCAAAUCUCCUCAUGAGAUCCGCAGUAUGAAGGAGCUCCCGCCAGGAAAAAUGGCCCAUGUUCAGGCUUCCUGCCUGUGGAAACCCAUCCUCAGACAUGGGGUUUGUGAUGCGAGAGAAACUCCCCGCACUAACACACACCCAGAGCAGCAGACGAAGGCGUGGACGUUUGAUGAGUUCAAGAGCUUCCUGGAGGACUUUGCUCGCUGGAAUCCUAAUCAAGAGCCAGCAAACAGCAGAGAUGAGCUGAUGAGGACGCUCAUGCAGUCCUGUAGAAAACAGUCAAUGAGGAAUGAGAUAGCAGCUGGGUCAAAGGUCGACCAAGCUGUGAAUGCCAUCUGGGCAGCCAUGGUGUACCACACCCCAGCCUUAAACCACUGCCUAAAGAUCUUAGUUAGCCAGGGCUGCAAGACCGGUCUGACUGAGGACUUUGUGCAGGUAUACUCCCUGGCGGAGGGCAUCAGAACAUGGAUGUUGGAAAUGAGGCAGAGAUACCUAGUUGGCAAAAUGAAUGUUUCUGAUGAGAAGGAGGGGAGUCACGAUGAGGUCACCAUGGAGACACUUGCUGAGGUUUGCAUUGAGAAGAGCCUCUUGCUGUUCAGGUUUGCCCCGAGUGGGCCAGCGUGCCAGGAAAGUGACUCCUCAAAAUCAGUUGAAGACAGUAGUGUUCCGCUCCUCCGCUCGGGUUCAAUUUCAGAAGAAGACUUUCACACCAGCCCCUCACUGAGCGCUCAGGGAGGGGGGACAGAAUUAAACAGUGAAGACAGGGUCUCAGCCACAGGACAGAGUUCGUCUUCCACAGCUCAGGCCCAAAGCUCCUCAUCCCCUGACCCAGGGCCUGGGCCCAGCAGCCAGGGCCAGAAGGGCUCCACAGAGAGCCUCUCAUCUCAGACAGGGGAGCCAGCUUCUCCCUCCACCUUCCCUCGCAAAGCUGCAUUCAGUCGUGGGCGCCUACGCUUGCUCUCCUACCGUUCUAUGGAAGAGCCCCGCACCACUCCCUCCGUUAAAGAACGGUACCCCAUACUCAAACAUAUCCUCAACUUCAUGAAGGACCAGGCUCUCACAACAACAAGUGUUCUGCAGACCUUGUCUUUGAACAAAGCCCAAGUUCUGAGUGUGUGUAACGUCCUGGAGACUGUUCAGCAGUGUUUACGGUCCCUUGGAAAGCCUCAUCUCUUCCAGGCUCCCUGCAUUCUGUUCCUACAGGAGCUGCUGGCAUGCCAGAAAGACUUUACUGGUUAUUUCUCACAGUUAUCAGGCAGUGGGCAGGAGCUGAGAGAGGAGGUAAGGCACUCUUACCACCAACUGGUGCUGAUGCUGGUGGAGGCAGUGCAAGGUUUCAGCGGCCUCAACGAGAAUCCCGUAGCGUUAGUCUUUCCCUCCUCACCUCUCCCCAGAGCCUUGCUCCCUGCCCUGUCGUGUGUGCAGACUUGCUUGCUGCAUCUACUAGAUAUGAGUUGGGAGGCGCAGGACCUCCACCUUUUCCUAAAGAUCAGGCUGCCCGACCUGCUGCUCUGCAUGUCCCAGGAGAACAUCAGCGUUCACGACAUCGCCAUUAGCCAGUGGACCGAGGAGGACGAAAUAGCAGACUAUAAGAAGAACCAGGAGUGGAUGGAUGAGUGUGUAGAUGGGAUGUUUGAGAAGUGGUAUGACAAGAUUGACGAGGAGGGCUCCAUGGAGGACAGGAGAAAGAUGCACAUGUUCAUAGCACGCUAUUGUGACCUGCUGAAUGUGGUGAUCUCCUGUGAUGGCUGUGAGAGGAUGGCUCCCUGGCACCGCUACCGAUGUUUGCAGUGCAUGGACAUGGACCUCUGCAAGACCUGCUUCCUUAGUGGUGCCAAGCCCGAUGGUCAUGAGGAUGACCAUGAGAUGGUGAACAUGGAAUAUGCCUGUGACCACUGCCAGGGCCUCAUCGUUGGAAGUCGGAUCAAUUGUAACGUGUGCGAAGACUUUGACCUGUGCUUCGGUUGUUACAAUGCAAAGAGGUACCCUGACAGCCAUCUGCCCACCCAUAGAAUCACGGUGUACCCCAUGGUGACAAUACGCAUCAGUGACCGCCACCGCUUGAUCCAGCCCUACAUCCACAACUACUCCUGGCUGUUGUUCGCAGCUCUAGCUCUCUAUACGUCAGACCUGAGCAGUGAAAAGCAGGUGGAGGGCAAGCUCCUGGACCCCGGCGUUUUGACCCAGGCCUCAGGCCUGCAGACUCGCUGUUCCCAGCUCAUCACUGAGUGCUUGCUCAAGGGACAGACCGGCAAAGGUCUUCGUUCCUCAGCGUUGCUGGCGCUGUUGUCCUCCAGUGAAUCAGUUUCUGACAGUGAGGUGUGUCCAGUCUCACCCGAGUCCUCACAGGAGCUCAGCACCACCACUGAUACCUCCUCUUUACCUGGCAGCACUGCAGCCAUCUGCUCCCCUUCAUCUCCCAGGGCCAGGAAUAAAUCAUCGGGCAAGGAAAAGAAGGCUAAAGAGGUGGGUUCUCCUCCCCCUGCUCCUCCAGAGGUGCCAUCUCCCCAGAGCACCGGGGAAGAAGGGAAGAGGAAGUUGGUUGCCCAAGACACCCUGGACUCCUCCAGCCUCAGCCAGACCCCAUCAUUAUCCAGUGAGGACACCCUCUCUCCUGUGGUCCGAUGUUCUGGUUCAGGGACGGUCACCUCCCCAGUGUCCAAUGUCUUAAAGGAACCAGAGGAGAGGUUGGCCCAGGUGCCCCUCCAGGAGCAUGUGUUUUCAGAAUGUUCCAGAGAGAGGAUCUUGGGACUGCUGGCAGCCAUGCUGCCCCCAGCCAAACAGGGCACCACCCUGUCUCUGGCCAGCCUGAGCUCCAUCCUGCCCCAGCUCUUCAGGGUAGUCAUCUCCAACGCCGGCUGUCUCAACGAGACCUACCACCUGACCCUGGGGCUGUUGGGCCAGCUGCUGUUGCGGAUGCCUCCCGCUGAGGCCGACGCCGCCGUCACAGAGGCCCUGGCUGAAAAGCAUGAGCUGCUAACCGGGGGAGAGGCGGCGAACACAGACACCGAGGGCUGGAAGACCACACAACUUCUCUUCAGCCUCGGGGCCGUCUGCCUAGACAGCCGUAUUGGUUUGGACUGGGCAUGCUCAGUGGCCGACAUUUUGCGCAGUCUGAAUGCCUGUCCCCAGUGGAGCACCGUCAUCGCUGCCUUCACCGACCACUGUGUCCAGCAGUUGCCGCACACACUCAAGCGCACCAACCUGUUCACCUUGUUGGUGCUGGUGGGCUUCCCCGAGGUGCUGUGCAUGGGCACACAGUCGGUGUUUAUUGACAAUGCCAAUGAACAGCACCAUAUGAUCCUGCUAAAGCACUUCACAGAAAAGAACCACGCUGCAGUAGUGGAUGUCAAGACACGCAAAAGGAAAACGGUGAAGGAUUACCAGCUGAUCCAACCCCAGGACUCCAACACAGCAGGCCUCCCAGGCCAAAUAGAGGGUCAGAGCCCCCCUCAGGCCCUACUCAGUCGCUAUCUCAGCAAUUUCACUUCCAUCAUAGGCCAUCUGCUGCAAAAUGACCAGGACAUCAGCUCCCCUGAUGCUGUAGAAGCCUCCUGGGUCCUUUCCCUGGCCCUUAAGGGCCUCUUCAAUACACUGAAGAAGCAUGGAGUGGAGCAGGCCCAGGAGCCCAUUAGGCAGUCCGGGGUGACCCAGCUGCUGGUGAGAAAGUGCAGCAAGGGGACAGGGUUUAGCAAGCUGUGGCUGCUCAGAGAUCUGGAGAUCCUCUCCAUCAUGCUCUACUCCUCCAAGAAGGAGAUCCAUUGCAUGGCCCAGGAUCCCGAGCGGGACGACAGAGAGCAGGACAAGGACCACGACUCGGAUUCCAGCUGCUGUGCUGACGAUGCUGACCCCAACCGGCCUGACCCGCUGGAGGGCCUGGAUGAGGCUACAAAGACCUGCUUCCAGAUUACCCAUGAUGGCUUAAAUGCCCCUUUUCACAUCUUGCGGGCCAUGUACGAGCUGCAGAUGAAGAGUAUAGAUUCCUUCUUCUUGGAGGUGCAGAAGAGAUUUGAUGGAGAUGUGAUCAAAACAGAUGAGACAAUCCGCACACUAGCCCAGAAAUGGCUGCCCAAUAGACAGCCUCGCUCUGAGGAGAGGAACACCAAAGCCGUGGACACUGACAUGGUUGUGGUGUCGUGUGUGUCCAAGCCCAGCCAUUGUGAGAAGGCAACAGAGGAGAUCAAUGUUGUGGCACAGAAGCUCAUCACCAACUCGGAGAGUGACCUGCAGCUCAGCUACGCCAAGCAGAGGCGCACAAAAAGCUCCGCCCUCUUGCACAAGGAGCUGGACGUCCGUAGCAUGCGCAACGUGCGCCAGUACCUGGUGAAGGUCAACCAAGCCAUAGCCACGCUGUACGCUCGCCACGUGCUGGCCUCACUGCUGGCUGACUGGCCCGCCAGUGCGGCGCUGAGUGAAGAGGCGCUGGAGCUGAGCGGAGCCUCCCACAUGGCGUACAUCCUGGACAUGUUGAUGCAGCUGGAGGAGAAGCCGCUCUGGGAAAGGAUUCUCCAGAGGGUGCUGAAGGGCUGCAGCCAAAGCAUGCUGUCCAGUCUGUCUCUGACAGCCUGCCAGUUCAUGGAGGAGCCAGGCAUGGCUGUGCAAGUCAGGGAGUCAAAACAUCCCUAUGACAACAACACCAACUUUGAGGACAAGGUGCACAUCCCAGGGGCCAUCUACCUGUCGGUGAAAUUCGACUCUCGCUGCUACACGGAGGAGGGCUGUGACGAGCUCAUCAUGUCCAGCAGCAGUGACUUCCUUCAGGAUCUCCACAACUUCAGUGGCUCCCCUCAGAAAUGGUCUGACUUUGAGAUUCCUGGUGACACCCUGUACUACAGGUUUGUCUCGGACAUGAGCAACACUGAGUGGGGCUACAAGUUUACCGUCACAGGAGGCCACAGAGGACGCUUCCAGACCGGGUUUGAAAUUCUGAAGCAGAUGUUGGCUGAUGACCAAGUCCUUUGUCACCUGCCAUUGACUGACAUCUGGGAGUGGCAGGUGGGCGUGGCCUGUCGUCAGACAGGAAACCAGCGGCUCAAAGCCAUCCACUUGUUGCUCCGUCUACUGCAGUGUCAAUCACAGACGGCCUGUGAGCUGACUCUACUACGACCCCUGUGGCAGCUCUUCAUCUCCAUGGAGAACAACCUGAGUCGUGAUCCCACCAGCAUCACUGUGCUGCUGCCCCUCCACAGAGCCCUCACUGAACUCUUCUUCAUCGCGGAGGCCAGGGCUACCGCGCAGGGCAUUCUCCAGCAGUACCUCCUCGCCAUGACCACCGAUGAGCUGCUCCUCAAUCACACCACCCUGGCUCUGAAGAACAUUGCUGCCAUCAGCCUGGCUAUCAGUUACCCCAAUAAAUCUACCAAGCUGCUCAACAUGCCCCCCUGAGAGAGCCAGAUGGAGUGAAGCAAGAGAGAGGGGGAGAAGAAGGGAGCGAGGAAGAACGAGAGCGGUCUGAAAGGAGACUCAUCCGGACUCAGCCAGCUGAUUUUUUUGAACAAAGUGUGGAGGAGUCUGUGAGGACGGUCUCCUCCAUCUAACAAUGCUUUCCUGCUGAAGGGAGGAAAGAGCACUUAUUCACUACUUACUCACAAUCCUUUUUGCCUUAGGUGGAUCAAAUAUAUCAGCAUGUGCAUUUACCGGAGCACCAACACCUGUUGUGUCUUUGUUUUUUUAAAAUUGUAAUUAUAAUCUGAAGAUACGGUUUUCACUUGAAGAUGCUGUGCUAAUGUGGACGGGCGUGUGCCAAAUUCGCCGCUUUGAGGAGGCGAGGUUUAUUCUGCUUUUUCAUUUCGUCCCCCCCCCCCCCACACACACUUUUUUUUUUCUUCUUCUUCUUCUUCACACCAAACAAAAAAGCCGCCGGAGUUAACGCAGCCGACCCUGGCGUAAGCGGGUCACCUUGCCCGCUCGCGCCCCGUCUCUCGCCGGACACGGACGGGCGGCCUAAAAAUACCAGGUCCGGGGACGGCGGAGUCUCAUUAGUCACUAUGAGAGAGUUCUGACCUCCUCCCUCGUCCUCCUCCCCCGGCGAUCUUUCGAGAACAAAAAUGUUUUGUGUUUUUUUUUUUUUUAAGGCCUCGGCCCUUCGAGGAGCAUCUUAUGAGGCUACUUCAGAAACCGCCAGGGUUUGAUCGUAGACCCCCAAGAUCAGAAACGACUAACGCCCACCUACGCCCCGCUUCAGAGCCGCUCGGUUAUCUCUCUCUUCCAUUAUAACAGUUCUGAUGUCCAGUUCAGUUCCUAGAUAGCCAAAAGACCAUAACAGUGUUUGGAGACAGUCUUGAAAAAAUGGAAACCGGGGCCUUGAAGACCGCCUGGAACUGUCAAAAGGUCUCUCAUCUAAUAACUUGUCUGAUUUGGUCUUCCGACACCGGUGUGGUGUGUAAACGAGCUUUAUAUCCAGCUGCCGUAAGGGUUAGCCAUUGUUUGAUGGCUGCUGAAACGGAAACGGAGCGGUCACUUCUUCUCGGCACCAAACGGCGACGCCUGACCCCCCGCGGCGAAAGGAAAGACGUGAUGACAGCAUCGUGGCCUUACAACGCUUCCACUUCUGCUACACACAGCGAAGGGCCCGCUCCCAUCGCUGCCUUUCCAAACCCUUCGACCGCAUCGUCAUUCAGGUGUAACGUCACCGACUAUGUGCCCGUAGGUGUGCGCGCGCACACACAACCACACACACACACACACACAUAAUUGUAAAAGCCACUCACAAGUGCUGUCGUUCGCUCACUCUUUCACUGGUUCGUGACGCGGUGAGUCACCUCGGUCUAACACCCACUGAGCAGUGAUCAAUACCUCAACUUUUGUAAUAACCUAGCUAGUUUAUUAUUUUCUUACCGGCGGGGGGGCCUCUGUCGAAGCCCCCGCGAUGUUGUUCUCUUUUUCCCCCACUUCUGUUCGCACAAACCCUCUGCUAGCGUCUGGAUUAUGGGACCACCAGUCGUGCGUCCACUUCCGCAAGUCGGUCACUUUUUUCGACUUUACGCUUCCAUGCACAGGAAUAUCCCGCUCUCCCGCCAGCUCGUCCUCCGGUUCUUUUGAUUUCCUCUUUUUCUCGUUUUUCGAUUCCCUAACAACGAACGGAUGCCAGGCGCUACAUGGGGUACACAUUCGGACACGGGCGCACCCACACGUCACGGUCGCACCAACCCCCGAGCAGCGGCGGAGGCCAAGCGAUGUCACGCGCGUGGCUCCCAUUAUAAUGGAACGGAGAUUUAAGGAAAAAAAAAUCCCCAACAACCAAAAAAGUCUUCAACUUUUAAUUUAUUUGUGAUUUUUACGUGGGGGGUGGGGUGGGGGGGGGGGGUUCUAGUCAACGAUCUGAAUUCAAUUGGUACGUUAUAUUUUAAUUUCAGGGAAAAGAUGACGGUGUAUGCCAAAGAACCCCGUUACAGUGAGCCAUGAAACGCCUCCCUUUAACGGCUCCCCGUGGAGCUUCCUGCUCUCUCCGUUCACCAGACUGCGGCCCCGUGAGGCGCAAGAGGGAAGGACAUAUCGGAGAUUGCCCCGUAUUUACUUUUUUUCUUCUUCUUCUUCUUCUUCUUCUUCUUCUUCCCAUGGUCCUUUAAGGGCUGUAGCAUGGUUUGAUGGUGUUUCUGUUUACACAAACGUCAGCGGCAUGAUGGGAAAGUGGGGUGGGGUGGGGCGUCCUGUCUCUACACUCGAUGACAUGUCCGCCACGUUUGCUUUUCCCUCAGACGAUUUCAGUUUGACGGUGAUUAUCUACCACGUGCCUACAGUUGAGAAUGAAGUGAUCAUAAUUUAACUCAUGUUUUUUUUUGUUGGAAGAGUCUAAUUCUAUUUUAAAGGAGAAAUAUAUUGUUUAAUUUGAGCUUUUCUAUCUUUUUACUUUUUUUUUGUUUUUUGGUCCUCUGGUGAGGAUGCUUGUUAUUUGAGGCUGAAUGAAUGUACAUAUCUGUGAAUACUGUUAAUUGCAUAGUGUUAAUGCAGUAAAAAGAGUUUCAUAUCAACCCCUUACAAAUGUACAUUUUAAUACAUCGGUCACAAAAAGCAGCACAUUGAUUCUGUGUGACUUUGUAUGCAUGGCACAUCAAAAAAGAAAAAAGGUAGAAAUGGCUUGGGUUGAUGUGUGAUUCAUGUGAUCCAUUUCUAAUUAAAAACUACACU